CCGGCGCGUGCCUGUGAGGGGAGCGACAGCGAGAGACAGACGGAGAUUAGUAGCGCGGGUGGAUUGCUAUUUGGAUAUUUGUACACAUAUUACCCGAAAGGAUCAUUGAUCGUGGCGGGUGUAGGAUUUAGACCGCUUCGGGGAGGAGGCGCUACUGGGGAUAUUCUGAACAGCUUCAAUUCACUUAGCUCCUCGGACUUCAGGCUUAGAAGAUUAUUUAUGUUGUGCUUAAAAGUCCAUUCUGAAAUGUGCAAGUUCCUCAGAUUUUUCCCACAUCAGGGUAGUCAACCGUUGAGCCAAAUAAUAGAAGCCAUCAUCUUCCUGUAGUCCUGUUUUCCUGAACUCAAUCCCUAAACCACAUAUAUCUAAUUGGAGUGGCUCGGGGAACUACAUCAGCAACAGGAAUGAGUGUACAUAGAAGUGGUGUUCUUGGGGCCUUUCUACUACUGAUUUUGCAGAUUCAAGGCCAGAAUCCAGAUAGCAUGCUUAUGGGAACAGGCAUGAAGACCAAUGGUGCUACAGUAGCACCCGAAGAUGCAGAGGCAAGACUUAAUUGUUACUGCUCUGGUCACUGUGCAACUGAAGAAGCAAACAAUACAUGCAAAACAAAUGGAAAUUGUUUUGCCAUUAUUGAAGAAGAUGAAAACGGAGAAAUUACACUUGGCUCUGGCUGCAUGAGGUUAGAAGGAGCAGAUUUCCAAUGCAAGGAUUCAACAAAAGUAAGAAAACGGAGAACUAUCGAGUGCUGUAACACUGACUUCUGUAACAAGGAUUUGCACCCAACGCUUACUCCAAUUUCUGAUUCUGGCGGACUAUUUGAGGGUGACGUCCACCGAUUAGGCCUGUUAAUCUCGCUGAUUGUCUGCAUCUUUGUCUUGAUUAUAAUAACAACUGCUUUCUACUUCAGGUACAAAGGGCAAGCAGACAGACGUCGCUACAACCGGGACCUUGAGCAGGAUGUGGCUUUCAUUCCACCAGGCGAGUCUCUGAAGGACUUGAUUGACCAGUCCCAGAGCUCAGGUAGCGGAUCUGGGCUCCCUCUUUUGGUGCAACGUACCAUUGCAAAACAAAUUCAGAUGGUUCGACUAGUGGGUAAAGGGCGCUAUGGUGAGGUAUGGAUGGGAAGAUGGCGUGGUGAGAAGGUGGCAGUAAAGGUGUUCCCUUCAGCAGAAGAGGCCAGCUGGUUCCGUGAAACUGAAAUCUACCAGACAGUGCUUAUGCGACAUGAAAGUAUACUAGGAUUUAUUGCUGCAGACAUUGAAGGAAAAGGCUCGUCGACAUGGUUGUAUCUGAUUACAGAUUAUCAUGAGAAUGGCUCAUUGUAUGACUACCUGAAGUGCACUGUACUUGAUACGAAGGCCCUGCUGAAGUUGGCAUACUCUGCUGCUAGUGGCCUCUGUCACCUUCACACUGAAAUUUAUGGCACACAAGGCAAACCUGCUAUUGCACAUCGUGAUUUAAAGAGCAAAAACAUUCUGGUGAAAAAGAAUGGAACUUGUUGCAUUGCUGACUUGGGUCUAACUGUGAAGUUCAACAGUGACACAAAUGAAAUUGAUAUUCCACUGAACACCCGAGUGGGCACCAAGAGAUAUAUGGCUCCUGAGGUGCUAGAUGAGAGUCUCAACAAAAACCAAUUCCAGGCAUAUUUGAUGGCAGAUAUAUACAGCUUUGGCCUAGUCAUAUGGGAGAUGUCACGUCGCUGUCUUACAGGAGGUAUUGUAGAGGAUUUCCAGUUGCCAUAUUAUGACAUGGUACCAAAUGACCCUUCCUAUGAGGAUAUGAGGGAAGUGACAUGUGUUAAAUGUCUCCGUCCAACUGUCUCAAAUAGGUGGAACAGUGAUGAGUGUUUAAGGGCAGUGCUGAAGUUGAUGUCGGAAUGUUGGGCUCAUAACCCUGCCUCCCGGUUGACAGCAUUAAGAGUGAAGAAAACACUUGCCAAAAUGGUGGAAUCUCAAGACAUCAAGAUCUGAACAAGCCACUAAACACCAGACAUUAUUGCCUCUAAAGAGCAGCAGGAACUUCUGGUGUGCAGAUAAAGGAUUGGACAUCUACUCGUCCACAUCUCUUGUACACGCCAUGCUAGAUAGGCUGCUAAUAAUGACUUUUAGAAUUCAGAACUAUUGCAUGCAUGGCAUAGUGUGGGAAGAAAGGACUUUUGAUGAUGAACCUCUAUGCCAUACUUCAUAAUGACAAUGCCAUCUUUAACAAAAAAAACGUGUAAAUUAAUCCUGUUGGAAUGUCUCAAACAUCCUUGGGUUUCCUAUGUGUCACUGUAUUUUUCAUUCUCUUAAAAGCGGCCUGGGGUGGAAUGACGGUAGCUGGCACUGUGGAAAUCCUCAACGGUGUGUCACAGCCAGGUCAUGGUGCUUUCUGUGAAAGCCUCAAUUCUCAUUGAAUUUGAAAAAAAACUAUAACUAGGAGAUUAUUGGUUGCUUUUCACCUACAAUCUGUAAAUAAGGUCAGAUGAAAACAUUUACCUGUGCUUGUCCUGAUAAGCUAUGUGGGCAUCAGUUUUUUCCCUUCCUCUCCCUCAAACUUUUGUUAAAUUAGCUAGCGUUUUGAGUAUCUGCAGGAACUUUGUCAACACUAGCUAUACAGAGUAAACUUCUGAUACCAGGUAUGAUAUACGAUGAUGUAACUUUGUCUUUUCAACUCCAAGCACUUUGUGUUCACAGCCAGCUCCACUGCUCUGAUUGUACAUCAGAAAUCUUGAAAUGCAAAGCUGUUGCCAAUGUUUAUAAAACGGUCUGUUUGCCGGAAAUGAGAAUGACAUUCUCUCACCCUCACGUUCUCCCGAUUGUCCUCAGCAGUAAUCAAUACCCUCCAAUUAUAGCAUUGCCUUAAUUUAAGGUGUCUUUUUUAAUAUGCUAUCUGAAGCCCUAGUCUAUUCGUGGAAGUCAUAGGCAGAAGACCAAGAGAACAUUUCCUGGUCAAUAUAGCUAAACUCUCCACUGAAGGUCAGGCAUUGCUGAAACUUCACUGUGCUAAUGGUGUGAUAAAUGUCUGAAAUGAAGUUUUGUUAAUUUCUCCAGAGGGUUGGUUGUAAGAGUGAUUGUUGACUUUGUAUUAUAUGGAUUCCUCCUAUACAAAUCAAAAUGUAUUAAUCUUGAAUCCUACAGGUACAACUGAGUUGCUUAAAUGAUUGACUUUCAACCAAGGUAACGUGUGUUCUGCUACCAUUUUCUAAGCUUUGAGUGCCAGUAUUGAAUUGGUUUAAAUUCAGUUCAAUCAAGUUGUUACUAACUACAACAAAGUGGGAUUGGGCAUGUUCUAAUGGGGAUGAAAUAUCACCACCAGGAACUCCAAGUGAUCUCACCAAUCCCCAUAACCCACAAAGCUGCUCUGCUGGUUUUUAACUGUGCAGGUUUGUGGCUGUUAGAUGCUAAGUGUCAACAUCGCUGUAUCCCAAGAAAGAACAGGAAACUGUGAUGGUUAUGCAAAAUGCUGGCUUAUUUUAAAAAUAUAAUGCCAGUUUUUGUUUAUUUUAUUCGAUUUGAGAAAUUCCAACCAUCUUCGUGAAUUGAUUGAUUAAUAAUCUAUUAAUAGUGGCUGUCUAAGUUGUCCCAGGUUCCCAGAUGCCUCAGUCUUGUAAGAUGUUAUGUAACAUAAUCUUUAUAUCUUGUGUAGUAUGGUGAUGUAAUCUUGCAAACUUUUCUUGUAAAUAUGAUAGCCAAAGUAGGGCUUGAGGAAGAUAGUGUUGGUCCAUUUAUAUAAACAGGAUUGUCUUUGUUGCAUACCAUGUACAGUUGUAUACAGUGACGGGCAUUUGCAUGCCAUGGUUGUCCUGUUUAGUUUGAACAUGAAAGAUGCAGAACCUGUAAACAAACUUGAAUGUUUAUCAAGUGAGACGUGAUUUUGUAACUCUUGCCCAAUCAAUGUUGGCAUUAUGUAAGCAUGUGUAGGCUGUGAAUUCCAACAUAUUAUACGGGAGAUGGUGAAUUGUUCACAAAUAUCAAAGCCACACAUAAAAGAAAGCAUGAACCACACAAGCCACAAAGUGUUGUACCUGGAUGGCUUGCAAUCAGUAGCCUUAUCAUAUGUUCCGUUUCAAGAAUGUUCUUGUUCGAAUGGAACAGCUUUUUUGUUAUUUUGAACUUGCUGCAGGGAAUUCUCAUCAAGAGUGCUGAAUCUUCCUGAUUUUAAAACACCACAGAAUAAUGAAUAACUAGUUUAAAAAUGGUGAAUAAUGCUACCAAUCUCUGCAUUCACUGUACCCCCUCUGGUCAUUCAUUAUUUUAGUACAAUAGACACAAGUGACUUUUUUAACUCCCCUUUUUUGAAAACAUUAUGCCAUAUAUGGGAGAUGUACUCGAUCUAUAGAAGAGCAGGAAUCCAUACAAAGAACAACAUUACUGUGAUACAGGUGCAAGGGACCCUGCACAUAUGGAGAGAGGGAGAAAUUCAGUGGCCUGUUCAUGUUUAUUAUGGAUACUCUGAUCUAUCAAAAAAAAUGCUAAUCAGGGAGCAUAUUUGAAAGUAGUUUUUUAAAAUGGUCAUGCCUUUAUUUUCUCUCAAAUCCUUUUUUUUAUUUAAAGGAAAAGGAGAGAAUUUCAUCUGCCGCUUGUCAAACCAGUUUCUCCCUAUUGAUGUGUCAUUGUAGCAUAGACAAAAAAGUAUGAAUCAAAAUAUUAUAGUUUAGUUAGCCUAUUUGUACAUAGUCAAUGGACAGACAACAGAGGGUUAAAGCAGUAAUGUUACUCUAAUGCAUAUGUCAUCACAGGUAAAACAGAAUAAUUACCAUUAAACCAAGUGUAAUGAUUUAUAAACCUAUUUUGUACAGCAUCUAGUAAAAGGUGCCUUAUUAAGUUUACCACAAAUUACUUUGCAAGAGGUACAUCAUGUACACAGAUUAUGUCCUGUAUUACUUUUAAGUAAAUAAUAUUAUUUUAGUACACAAUUGAUCUGUUG